AUGGAGAUUCGGGUGUUCUCAGAACUUGUGAAUAAGAGCAAGGUACCUGAGGAGUGUGUUAGAAAGCCUGCAGUAGAAAAAGGGAAUAUGAGGAUGCCAUUCCAGAGGACCACAGGGAGGAAUUUUGCACCUAGGGGCGGACAGUUUAAGCGUGGUGGCUUUGUCCCUCAGAAUAACCAGGGACAAGGCAACUUCAGGAGGCCUAAUACCAAUGUUAAUCAGGGAAAAAGACAAGGGAAGCAGCCACAACAGGAUUUGAGUUGCCACAGCUGCCCAGAGAAGAAGAGGUAUGAGACAGGCAGAGUGCAGCAACCAAGGAGAGUAUACACUACUUCUUCGGUAGGCGCUGAGGGGUUAGAGACGCUGAUUAGAGGUAACUGUGAGAUGGCUGGUAAAACUUUGAAUGCUUUGUUUGAUUCCGGAGCUACACAUUCAUUUAUUGAAUUUGAGAAGGCUGAUGAGUUAGGAUUGAGAAUAGUAGUCCUGGGGUAUGAUUUAAAGGUGUAUCAUGCCACCCACGAGGCUAUGGUGACUAGGUUAGGGUGCCCUCAAGUUUCUUUUCAAAUACAACAGCGUACUUCGUGCAUAACUUGA